AAAUCCAAAUUUUUGCAGUUAGAGAGAGAACGAUCGAAGGGAUGGAGAAAUCGGCAUUGGUUGCACUGUUACUUCUUGCGCUGAUUGGCGAAUUAGGGGUUUAUGCAUUGUAUGGACCCUCGUCCCCCGUUCUUCAGCUAAAUCCUAACAAUUUCAAGUCGAAGGUCCUUAAUUCGAAUGGUGUAGUUUUGGUUGAGUUUUUUGCACCGUGGUGUGGUCAUUGUCAAGCGCUGACGCCCGCGUGGGAGAAGGCAGCCAAUGUCUUGAAAGGUGUAGCAACUGUGGCAGCUCUAGAUGCCGAUGCUCACCAGUCGCUAGCUCAGGAAUAUGGAAUCAGAGGUUUUCCUACCAUUAAGGUCUUUGCACCGGGUAAACCCCCUGUAGAUUAUCAAGGAGCUAGGGAUGUCAAGCCUAUUGUUGAAUUUGCACUACAACAGGUCAAAGCACUCCUCAAGGAACGUCUGGAUGGGAAAUCAGCUGGAGGAUCCAGUCAGAAAUCAGAACCAAGCGCAUCGGUGGAACUGAACUCACGCAAUUUUGAUGAAUUGGUUCUGAAGAGCAAGGAGCUCUGGAUUGUGGAGUUCUUUGCUCCUUGGUGUGGACACUGCAAAAAGCUUGCUCCUGAGUGGAAGAAGGCAGCCAACAAUCUCAAGGGCCAGGUGAAGUUGGGUCAUGUAGACUGUGAUGCAGAAAAAUCUUUGAUGAGCAGGUUCAAUGUACAAGGAUUUCCUACUAUCUUGGUGUUUGGUGCUGACAAAGACAGUCCAUUUCCCUAUGAAGGAGCAAGAUCAGCAUCAGCAAUUGAAUCAUUUGCUUUGGAGCAGCUGGAAACAAAUUCUGCCCCUCCUGAAGUGACUGAAUUGACCAGCCCAGAUGUUUUGGAGGAGAAGUGUGGUUCAGCUGCCAUUUGCUUUGUUGCCUUCCUCCCUGACAUAUUAGACUCCAAGGCCGAAGGCAGAAAUAAGUACCUUGAGCUUUUGUUAUCGGUCGCAGAAAAGUUCAGAAAGAGCCCUUACAGUUACCUCUGGGCGGCCGCAGGUAAGCAGCCGGAUCUUGAGAAGCAUGUAGGAGUAGGAGGCUAUGGAUAUCCAGCUUUGGUAGCUCUAAACCUGAAGAAGAAAGCUUAUGCCCCACUCAGAAGCGCAUUUGAGCGUGACCACAUCAUAGAGUUUGUGAAAGAAGCUGGACGGGGCGGAAAGGGGAUUGUACCUCUGGAAGGCAGCCCCGUAAUCGUUAAAACCGAGCCAUGGGAUGGUAAAGAUGGACAAAUCAUAGAAGAAGAUGAAUUCUCCCUUGAAGAACUUAUGGGAGAUGACAGUGUGAGCAAGGAUGAGUUAUAGCUCACACAAUUUACAUGUGAGAGAGAGAGCUGCAUGCAAUUGAGGUAAUAUCAAUUUUGAUGUACGAAUGGUGUAUUGCUUCAGGAAUGAUUCACUCUCUAAAUUGACAUUAGAACUUGUGGAUUCAUUAGUUCAAGUGUAGUUUAAUCAGCUUCGAAGAUUGACACCCCUCUGACAAGUGUGUUUUGAGUUGGAUGUCUUGUGUUGACGCGGGAUAAACUUUUCUGCAUAUUUACGUUGGCUGAUUUAAUUGUUUGGUUUUUUGACA